GUAUGCAUCACUGUAGAGACCGCUGUGUCCUGUGUGCGGUAGCAUCACCAAGAAGCAAUCCUUACUUGGAGCCCAGGCCAGCUGCUUUCGUUAUCUCUUAUGACAGGUGCUUGAUUGGCUUGUCCUGUCAGUUAGGCAGUCCUCACGAGAUUAUCUUAAGGUAGAGCCAGAUCAAGGGUAGUCGCCCGGGGUUUCCCGGGGACCCGUGCCCUAAGAACUUGUACGAGGUGUUAGAAGUAAGCCAACCCCAGGUUUCUGCAGUCUUUUUUGGUCCCCACCCCUGUCUCGUGCUGCGGCUUUGCGUAAGGCCUAGGCCUUGGUUUUCCAAUCUGUUAUAGGGUGAAGAUUGUAGCGUAGUUCUGAGGGUAAGGUGUUUUGCUUAUAGGAAGUCUACUGACCCUGUGUAGCAGGAAUCAUUCAGCCUCGGGGUCUUUUGUAUGGGGCCUCGAGAAAGCUGGAACGCUUCGGCAGUUUUGGCUUGGAUCUUUGUGAAUCCCGUGAAUUUAAGACCUGGCUUCUCAGUACAGUGUUUUCUCAGUGAAGAGGAGGUACCCGAAUAGGAGGCAAGGACCACAGAGGGUGGCUGUCUGCCCAGUCCAGCACCAUGCACACGCUUGUGUUCCUCAGCACUCGUCAGGUGCUUCAGUGCCAGCCAGCUGCAUGCCAGGCCCUGCCCCUGCUGCCCCGAGAACUCUUCCCUCUGCUGUUCAAGGUGGCCUUCAUGGACAAGAAGACGGCUGUACUGCGUGAGCUGGUGCACACAUGGCCUUUUCCCCUGCUCAGUUUCCAGCAGCUGCUGCAGGAAUGUGCCCACUGCAGUCGAGCCCUGCUGCAAGAGCGGCUCAGCACAGAAAGCAUGCAGGCUGUGAUCCUAGGGCUGACCGCCCGGAUUCACACUCGAGAAACAGAGGCUGGCACGCAACCCUUUUGCAGGAAGCAUGCAUUGCGGGUACUGGACAUGACUGGUCUCCUGGAUGACGGUGUGGAGCAAGAUCCGGAAACCAUGAGCAUGUGGGACUGUACAGCCGCUGUAGCCAGAACGUGCAUUGCCCAGCAGCAGGGUGGGACUGCCAAGCCAGGGCUGUCACCCCUCCCUGUGGAAAUCCGUGUAGACCUUCGGGUAAACCGGGCCUCCUAUACAUUCCUUCGUGAGGCACUCCAAAGUAGUGUGGACAGCCCACUGCGGCUGUGCUGCCGGGACCUCCGGGCUGAGGAUCUGCCCAUGCGCAACACUGUGGCCCUGCUGCAGCUUUUAGAUGCAGGCUGUCUGCGCCGGAUAGACCUGCGCUUCAAUAACCUGGGCUUGCGUGGGCUGUCUGUCAUUAUCCCACACGUGGCCCGCUUUCAGCACCUAGCUAGCCUGAGGCUGCAUUAUGUGCAUGGAGACUCGAGACAGCCUUCGGUGGAUGGUGAGGACAACUUUCGCUACUUCCUAGCCCAGAUGGGCCGGUUUACCUGUCUCCGGGAGCUCAGCAUAGGCUCUUCGCUCCUUUCAGGCAGGCUGGAUCAGCUGCUCAGUGCCCUGCAGAGGCCCCUGGAAAGCCUAGAGCUGGCCUUCUGUGCACUGCUGCCUGAGGACCUACGAUUCCUGGCUCAGAGCUCUCAUGCUGCCCACCUCAAAAAGCUGGAUUUGAGUGGCAACGACCUGUCAGGCAACCAGCUGACACCUUUCCAGGGUCUACUACAGGCAGUGGCAGCCACACUGCUGCAUCUUGAGCUGACUGAGUGCCAGCUUGCUGAUGCUCAGCUGUUGGCCACACUGCCCACCCUAACUCGCUGUGCCAGUCUCCGUUACCUGGGUCUCUAUGGCAACCCUUUGUCUAUGGCAGGACUUAAAGAGCUGCUUCGGGACUCUGUGGUCCAGGCUGAGCUACGCACUGUGGUGCAUCCUUUUCCUGUGGAUUGCUAUGAGGGUCUUCCUUGGCCACCACCUGCCUCUGUCCUUCUGGAAGCCUCCAUCAAUGAGGAGAAGUUUGCCCGUGUGGAAGCUGAGUUACACCAGCUGCUGUUAGCCUCAGGCCGUGCCCAUGUACUCUGGACCACAGACAUCUACGGCCGGCUGGCUUCAGACUAUUUUAGCCUCUGAUCUCCAGGGUCUUUGAUGAAGCCUGACACAAAGGCUCCUGUCUUAGGUUUUCUGCAGUUUGCCUUUCUCCUGGGUAUACCUGGAGUUACCUCUGCUUUCUGCAGUAUCCUUCACCUGCUCCCAGUGUCUGGCUGCCUGUUGGCAUCUCGGGCCUGUGCUCCCUGGUUCUGUAUGAUGUACUUGUUGGUUCUGCUGGGUUGCAGUCUCUCUGUAGAAGACGGUUCCUGAACACAUCCCGUGCCCUUAGCAGGAGUGCAGUGCACUGAGGUAGAUAUUAGGGUGAUUUGCUUCAGGGCACCUUGGGGUCUUAUACUGUGUACCCUGCCUGGCACCCUAUUACCUGGCUCUGGAGGGUGUGAGUAAGGUACAAACGUGCAGUAUCUGGAAUGUGAAUUUCUGGGGUUUUUUGAUGUGUGUGUCCUAAUUGGAUGGGAAAGACUUACCUGCAUUUCUAGUGUUC